AUGAGGGGCCCUGUCAUCACUCUGUUUCUGUUCUCUGUCCUAUUUGCCAUCUCAGAAGUGAAGAGCAAGGACUUGGUGAGGCUGUGCGGGCCGGAAUACAGAAGGCUGUUCAUCUACAUCUGUGCCAGCUCCAGGUGGAGAAGGCACGUGGAGGGGAGCCCUCGAGUUCAGCCAGCCGAGAGAGGAAACUCCUUCCAGCUCCCAGAUACACAGGAGGUUUCCGAGGAGAAAACAGCACGAAACCUUCCAAGGGUGCCUGCCUCAGGGGAGGACCAGCCGCACGGUGGACAAACGGCCAUGGCAGGGCUCUGGGAGGCGAGGAAGCGGUCAGCGAUGUCCAGGCAGGACCUGCAGGCCCUGUGCUGCACCCGCGGCUGCUCCCUGGCAGAGCUGAGUGCUCUGUGUUAG